GCGGACCUCGCCAAUUGAUCUGCAUACCCUUUGGAUCGCCCCCAUUUACCAUCAUAUUUCAUCAUUUGAAUUCAUUUCCAUCUAGAGAACUCAGUGAUCGUUUUUAUAUCCUUGACGAAAUUUCAACGCGUUGAAACACCGAUCUUCAAAAAUGGCGGCUCCUUUAAUCACGAUUUCCACUCCUUUAAAAUUCUCAGAAUUUAAUAUUCAAUAAAAUCGAUCUUUUAAUCUUUGUAAAACAUUCAAACUAAAUUUGAAUUCUAAAUCAAAAUCAAAAUCAAAAUCAAACAAUUGAUAAGGAAUUGAGAUAGAAAAACGGAGACAAUGGCGGAAAGAGAAGAAGUUUACAAUUUUAGAGAAGUGGUAUUACCAUCGUUGAUACCGAAAGUACCAGAGCCAGAAUUAGAGAGAGAAACUGGAGAGAGAAGGAGAGGAAGAAUUGUGUUGAUUGCUGUUGAUCAUGGACACAAUAGCAAGCAUGCCUUUGAUUGGGCUUUAGCGCACUUUUGCCGUCUCGCUGAUACGAUUCACCUUGUUCAUGCUGUUUCCAAUGUGAAAAAUGAUGAAGAUUAUGGAGCAACUCAGGUUUUGAUGGAGAAAUUAGCCGUCGAGGCUUUUCAGGUGGAUAUGGUCAAGACUAUCGCUAGGGUAGUUGAAGGCGAUGCAGGGAAGGUUAUCUGCAAGGAAGCGGAGAGAUUGAAACCUGCAGCUGUAAUCAUUGGUUCUAGGGGCAGAGGACUGGUUCAAAGUGUAUUGCAAGGAAGCGUUGGUGAAUAUUGCUUGCAUCAUUGUAAGAUUGCUCCCCUCAUUGUUGUUCCUGGAAAAGAAGCUGGCGAACAAUCGGCGGUUUAGGUAUGCAGCGUCGUGGGCUUUAUAGCAGGCAGAUGAUUGUGUUGCUUGUAAAAUGUAAUGGCCUGUAAUUACUGUAAUGCGUUAUCAUGUGAAGUGUGUAAAAUACAGUAUUCUGAUUUUUCAUUUGUAUUAUUCUAGUCUGGUUUUUAUAUAUUUCAAAGUAUUUUGCAGUUUGCAUUACCAUCUGGUAUAAUUGUUAAAUUCAAGUUGAUGGUUGGAACCACAUGAACAUGAUAUGUUACACUUCUAUAUUCUAAUAUCUGGUGAGAAAUAUUUCACUUGAAUUAUAGGAUCGUGACUUUUUUGUCGCGUUAUUUCUAAUACCAUGUCAAAAAACUAUUUCAAUCAGCAGGCAGCUAGAUAACAACUUAAGCUUGUGUCUCUGUUGCAGCCGUAUUUUGGUCAUCAAAGAUUCAUAUUGUCUUACUAAUGAUUUAACAUGAAGAAAUCAGAAUGAAUGGCCACCAUAUAAUCUAGUGGACUACCUAGCGCCGAAAGUUUCGGAUUUCGGUUUUGGUUUUUUCAUAAAAUCAAACCCAGUUAAAUUUAUUUCUUUUUAAAU